AUGGCUUCUCCUGCUGAGGCAGCAACGCCAAGGGAGGCAAAUGUGUGUCCAUGGUGCGACAGGCAAAAGGUUUCUGUUGAGGCGUGUCCAUGCGACAACUCUGAAAAGGAUGAAUCAAAAGCACGAGGCAGACGAAGGAGACGUCGACGGCACCGCAGCCGUUCACGUUUGAGGGAUGUCUUCGAGCCCUACCACGCGUGCGCGGUUCCACGAGCGUCAACUCUCGUGUCGGAGCUCGCUGACAAUAUGCCUGUUUCUACGGUCAUGUUGCGCAACAUCCCGUGCAGGUAUACACAAGGGUCUUUGAUGCAAGAAGUUGACCAGCUGGGAUUUGAUGGGUGUUACGACUUCUUCUACUUUCCGAUGGACAUGCGCAACAAGAACAGUGUUGGCUACGCCUUCAUCAACUUCCGGGACCCCACAGACGCCGAGCGCUUCGUGGAGGUCAUGCGUGACCACCGAUUCCGAAGGCAUGCCAGUGAGAAGCUGCCCAAAGCCUCUCCUGCUCAUCUGCAGGGUCUGCGCAACAACAUCCUCCACUUUGCCAAUCGUGCGGUGGCCAACUGCCGUGACACUCGGUAUCGUCCUGUUGUACUGGAUCAAGGUGGGCGCCGUGUGGACUUGCAGGAGGCGCUGCUUCGGCUUGGAGGCGAAGGCGAGACUUUUUCAGAAGAGGCCCAAAGCGAAAUGGCCCUUGCUCAGGCAUCCCGCUGCUUUGAGGCCGCCAAGGCAAAAUUAGAGGUGGCCAUCGUGAAAGUUCUGGCUGAUGCAGCCCAUUGUGCGGGUGAGGAGGCCGACACUCACAAUGACAACGCAGCGCAGGUUUCCCUGAAGGCUCCGGAACUUGCCUUUCAGACGCAGGGCUGGGUCGAGAGAGCGCUUCUGGACCUGGCUCAGGAGGCGGACACUCGCUGGUGUCCAGGCUUUGCCGCUGGUUGGGUUGCAGAAACCUUUUCGAAAUUGGUUGGUGGCACGCCAGUGACUCCUCGCGGGACUUGCCGCGUGGAUGUCCUCUUGGAGGCUCCUCCAAUUGCCUGGGAGCAUCCGCAGGGCAAGGCCGGUGGCUGGGUGGAUGAGGCUUUUGUCGCCUUGACUGAUGAUUGCUGCCAGAAGGAACUUCCAUCCAGGAGCCUUUGCGAAGGGCGUGUUGGUAGUGCUCUACAGCGACUGAAGGCGAUGGGCGGGUGGGCUUGGGUAGCCUUCGCCUAG